AUGGCUGUGGCUGUUCCUUUUGCUGCCAAGGGGAUCCUGUCCGUUGUUGAUCCUCAAGUGUGCGAUUGCGACUGCGACUGCGAGUGCGAUUCAGGGGAUCAGAGACGAGAACCCUUCGGCCUCACGAUUGACGCCUUCUACCGCUUCCUCCGCCAGGCGCUGCCGCUGGCCAGGGAGGCAGCGAUCCACCUGAAUGGCAGCCUCGGGACUCCCGCCUCCGCCUCCGCCUCCGUCACCGGGGUGACCAUAAGCGGGGCCCCCGGCGAUCUCUUCAACUACAGCGGCCUGGAACUGGACCUCGGUCUGGAUCUCGACUUAGGCCCCACCAGCCCCAGCACGUUGGCGCCCACGCAGACCAUCAGGCCUCCGGCAAACCGAAGUGUGGUGCGCGUCAGUGCCGAUGUGCCCAUCUGGGUGGUGCCCUGCUACUCGGCCAUCCUGCUGUGCGCCGUGGUUGGGAACCUGCUGGUGGUGCUCACCCUGGUCCAGAACCGUCGCAUGCGCACCAUUACCAACGUUUUCCUGCUCAACCUGGCCAUCUCGGACAUCCUGCUCGGCGUGUUCUGCAUGCCGGUGACCCUGGUCGGAACCCUGCUGCGGCACUUCAUCUUCGGCGAGCUGCUCUGCAAGCUCAUCCAGUUUGCACAGGCUGCCUCCGUGGCCGUCUCCUCAUGGACCUUGGUGGCCAUAUCCUGCGAGCGCUACUACGCCAUCUGCCAUCCGCUGAGGUCGCGCACCUGGCAGACGAUCAACCACGCCAACAAGAUCAUCGCCAUCAUUUGGCUGGGCAGUCUGGUGUGCAUGACGCCCAUUGCCGCCUUCAGCCAGCUGAUGCCGACCAGCCGCCCAGGACUGCGCAAGUGCCGGGAGCAAUGGCCGGCGGACAGCCUCAACUACGAGCGGGCCUACAACCUGUUCCUGGACCUGGCCCUCCUGGUGCUGCCCCUGCUGGCCCUGAGCUUCACCUACCUCUUCAUCACCCGCACUCUGUACGUGAGCAUGCGCAACGAGCGGGCCAUGAACUUUGGCAGCAGUGGGCCGGAGGUGACCUCCGCCUCCGCCGCGGGACCCGGUAGCCAGCGGCGGGCCAACGGAGGCCACUGCCAGUCUCUCGACCCGAUUGUGACCCACCAGCACAAUCCGCACCAGCAGCAGCAACAGCACCACUCCCAGUCCUACUACUACGCGGAUUACACCCACUGCGGCAGCAAGCGCAGGCUGAUCGGAGGAGGAGUUCCCUGCGAAGGACGAAGGCACCUCUACUGCAUGCGCAGUGCCUCCGUGAAGUCCCUGCGCCAUCAGCAGAUUAACGGAGGUGGUGGAACCGCGGCCGUGACCGGAACCGGAAACGCCGACUGCUGCAGUCGGGUCUACAGGAUGCGCCACCAGAUGCAGUCCCAACAGCAGGGCUACAUGAGCGACAAUGAAUCCCGGCGGAAAUCCUUAUCCCAACCCAGUCUGCGGAUCACGGAGGCGGGCCUGCGAAGGUCCAACGAAAGCAAGAGCCUGGAGAGCAAGAAGCGGGUGGUCAAGAUGCUGUUCGUCCUGGUGCUGGAGUUCUUCAUCUGCUGGACACCGCUGUACGUGAUCAACACGAUGACCAUGCUCCUGGGGCCGGCGGUGUACGAGUACGUGGACUACACGGCCAUCAGUUUCCUGCAGCUGCUGGCCUACUCCUCCAGCUGCUGCAACCCGAUCACCUACUGCUUCAUGAACGCCAGCUUCCGGCGCGCCUUCGUGGACACCUUCAAGGGGAUGCGGGUGUGCGAGCGCCUGUGCGCUCCCUGCUGCUUCUGGCGAAGGCGGUCCAAGAACGAGACCAACCUGUCCGUGGCCGGUAACUCCAUUGCGCUGGCCAACUCGGUCAUGUCCAGCCACACGAUCCUGGAGAGCCCACGCCUCUGAGCCAGCCGCCGGCGUCAGCAACUGGCGGAGUCGGAGUCACUGUAGUAUACCAAAGAGUACGGAUCGGGUGCGUCCAUUUGUGAUGAUGCAAUGUAACUGCAAUAGAAACUGUGGUUGUCAACGAUUCCGCCGCGUUCUGAAUGUGUGUGGAUGUGGCCGGAUGUUGUUGGGGUGACGAAAGUAGGUUCCAGGCGAGGAACCAUGGCGGUUCCCCCUCCCAAAUGCUCUUAGUAUUACCAAAUAGUCUUUUAAUAUAUGAGUGUGCGUUCAGAGUUGCGCUAAUGCGAGUUAUUCAGUGUGAGUUAUUAGACUUUAACCUCGCGUUUCAGGUUCUUACACCUUUAAGGUGAGAGAAUGGAACGAACAUCAAUGGGAUACAAAUUUACAUAGGCAUAAAAGAUUAACCGAAGUAUAUGGGUUUUAGAGUGGGCACAAUGGUUUCAAAGUUGAUCAAUUAUUGUUUAAAAUCUUAUAUUUUUACUUAGGCAAAGAAAAAUAUAUUAUUUUUUAUACUUAUUUUUUUAUACAAAAAGACUAAGAAAUGUAAUUAUUUAAAGAAUACCGCGAAUUCUUCGGGGAAGAAUGGCCCAAGACAUAUGUUUCCUAAGAACAAGAAUAGAAUAAAGAAUAAAUAUACUAACUUUAAAUUUU